AUGCUUAAGCCUAAGCCUAAGCCUAAGCCAAAGCCUAAGCCUAAGCCUAAGCCUAAGCCUAAGCCUAAACCUAAGCCUAAGCCUAAGGCUAAGCCUAAGCUUAAGCCUAAGCCUAAGCCUAAGCUUAAGCCUAAGCCUAAGCCUACGACUAAAACUAAGCCUAAUUCUCAGCCAAAGACUAAGUCUAAGAUUAUGUAUAAGACUAAGGCUAAGCCCAAGCCUAAACCCAAGCCGCAAUCUAAGCCAAAGAAAAAGAAAGACUAA